AUGUCGCAGAGAAAGGACCGCCUUAUUCUACCCGGCUCCAUAAUUGACACAGAUCUUUACAAGUUCACGAUGCAACAAGCCGUCUUACGAUAUUUCCCUGAAGUACAAGCGACUUAUCGAUUCACACACCGCGAUAAGGACAUAUACUUCUCGAGAGAAUGUUACGAGCUCUUUGUAGAGUCUGUUAAACACUUCGACGAGUUGGGCCUGACAGAUCCAGAGCACGUCUGGCUUGCGAAGGCUUGUCCCUACUUCUCUGCAGAAUACCUCAAUUACCUCGCCAAGUUUCGUUUCAAGCCGGAGCAAGUCAAGGUCACCUUCCAUCCGAAAGAUCCCUCCGCGCCAGUGUCACGCUACCAGCCGCCGCCACACGAGGACGGCACCCGGGGCAGAGACGAGCUUGGGAAGAUUGAGAUUGAGGCGACUGGACCUUGGCAUGAGACGAUCCUGUGGGAAGUACCGCUCAUGGCGUGUUUGAGCGAGCUGUUCUUCACCACGGUGGACACGGACUGGAGCUAUGAUGGGCAGGAAGAGAACGCAUAUGGCAAGGCCUGCACGUAUCUUGAACACGGCUGUACCUUCAGCGAGUUUGGCACGCGUCGGCGAAGAUCGUACUACAUCCAGGACCUCGUGGUCCAGACCCUUAUCCGUGCAUACAACGAUUACCAGAAGGAUGAAACCGCGCAGAAGGUUGGCGGCAACGGGGGUGAGCUCAUGGGCACCAGUAAUGUUCACCUCGCAUACAAGCACUCCAUCAUGCCAAUUGGCACCAUCGCUCACGAAUGGUUCAUGGCCGUCGGAGCCCUACGCGGGUACGAGCACGCGAACGCACUCGGGCUCAAGCUCUGGGAAGACGUCUACCACGACGCGCUUCUCCUCGCACUCACGGACACGUUCAGCACUGAAGCGUUCUUCCGCGACUUCACGAAGGAGCGUGCCGAGCGGUGGGCGGGCCUCCGCCAGGACUCAGGCAACCCGUUCGUGUACGCGCCGCGCGCGAAGGAGAAAUACGAGGCGCUUGGCGUCGAAUACAAGGAUAAGAAGACGAUCAUCUACUCGGAUAGCGUCGACGUUGAGAAGGCGCUCAAGCUGCAGACACAGACGAGGGAGAUUGGGUUCCUCGCGAGCUUCGGCAUCGGCACGUCGCUCACCAACGACUUCCGCUCGGUCUCGAGUGGCGGGAAGGAGAAGAGCAAGGCGCUGAACAUGGUCAUCAAGCUGGGUAGCGUCGGUGGGCAGCCGUGCGUCAAAAUUAGCGACGAGCUCAGCAAGAACACCGGUGACCCUGCAGCCGUCAGGCUCGUGAAGGAGACUUUCAAUAUCAACGCGUAG